AUGGUUUCGUAUGAUCAACUCAAUGUACCCGCCUUGGCGUCUGCAGAAGCCCUCAAUCGGAGAGGAGCCUUGAUCGAAGUGGCGCGUCAGGAAAGGCCCGAAGCACCUUCCUACGAAGCUGCGGAAGAAAUCAUGGGCAUCAGGGAGGCCGGUGAGGGCAGUGUCAUCGAUCCAGCAUUGACCCAGCACACGGCGAAGAGGCUUGCGGCCGAGGAACGCAAGCGUGCAAAUCGUCGAGGCGAGAGGAGGACAAGACCGGGCGGCCUCCACAAAGGUGGGGCGGGCGCGCUGUCUUCGCGCCGUUCCCGGCAGCGAGUUCAGAGACGGAGACUGCUGGCAGAUCGUGCUAGGGGGACCGUUUGGGCAUUGAACCGCCUGGCUGCUUGCAACAAGGCCCAGCGGGUGAAGGAUGCGCGUGUGCAGAGGCCGCCUCCGCCCAAAAGCAUGAGUCCACAGGCAGCGCUUCGGCAGAAGGCGGGGUUGGCCAGCUAUGUCAGGGAUCGUCUUUCUUUGCCUCGCGAUCAAGCUGCGCCAGUUCCUCUAGAGUCUCUCUUGCUGCAGGCGGAACGAGAUCUUCUUCGAGACUUCAAGGUGCGAAUGAUGCUCAGUGACGAGGAGAUUGCGGGUGUGCUAGAAAGAGGCAUGACGGGAGACAGGUACAUAGAUCCUCAGUUGGAGGGUGGAAGAAAGGUCUACCGCAACUUCAUUGCGGAUCUCUGGAACAGUAAGCUGAUAGGAUUCACCGCUUCGCCCCGCGUGCAGGUGGGGGCAUUCGUCAGAACGCCGAGGAGGAGCAGUCCCAGAGUAUGUUCGGCCAGUUCAAAAGGGCCCUGUAGUCCCUGA